AUGUCCGGCGAAGGCCCCGAAAGUAUCCCCACAUCCGCCGACCCGCGCUCCAAGCGCCCGACCAAGAAGCGCGCCCUAACGCCCCUUAGCGCGCAAGCCAAAGAGCUCGACGCACUCUUCGCGAAGCCGGAGCGGGACAUCCGAAUCCCACAGUCCACAAACCCAACCUCUUCCACCACCUCUUCCUCCGCCAGACCACACCACCUCGCCGCGCCCCCCGAGAUCGUGACCAACGUCCAGGGCUCCAGCGCCGGCGCCGGGUCCGGCGAGUUCCACGUGUACAAGGCGAGCCGGCGGCGCGAGUACGAGCGCCUGCGGCGCAUGGACGAGGAGGUGAGCACCGAGAAGGCGGCCGAGGCGUUCGAGCGCGAGAAAGGGGAGAGGGAGCGCAGGGACGCCGAGAAGACGAGGCGGAAUCGGGAGAAGAGGGAGAAGAAGAAGAAUAAGGGCAAGGGGGGCAAGGAUGGUGGCAAGGGGACUAACGGUAGUGCAAAUGGUUCAGGUAAUGCUUCGAAUGGCGUCAAGGCGCGGAUAGAGCUGCGCAAGGACAACAAGGCCGCGGAUGAGGGCGACGAGCCUGCGGGAGGGGAUGCGGUCAUGAAAUCGGUGGAGGAGCCCAAGGGCAUUGUAAUAGAGGAGGACUGA